AUGUACACAUUUCUCUCUCUCUCUCUCUCGUAUUUUUUUCUUGCUCUCUGCAAUAUACAUCAAAAGGGCAGCGCCCCUGAUGCUCGUGUACAUCUCGACAUUCAAGAGGCGAGAGACGUAAGAACCGGACGCAAAUCAAGCCACGGCCUGUGCCAGGUGUAUUUGGAUCUUGUGGAAGAGUUACGACUGUCACAGGUGUUUGAUUUUUAUUUUUAUUUUGUAUCGGCUCCUGUCGCGCAUUCUUUGGCGCCUCGACCCAAAGAACAUCAGCAUGUCCUCCACCUUGAUGCCCGUGGAUACACGCCCACGGACAGGGACGCUAUCAUCUUCGUCGUCCCACUCCUCGUUGGCCUCGGCAGUACUGCAAACAGAAGAUUUGGCCGCCUUGCCCACAGAACGCCUCCUGCCUCAGGCUCAGCAGUUGCAACGCGACGUCCAACGUUUGGACCGCGAAAAUCGCCGGCUCCGUGAAGCCUGCGCCGCCUACCGAGUUCUUCUGAACAAGGAGGAUGACGUUUUGGAAGAAAUCAUGUCCCGUCGCAUUGAGGUCAUUGAAGCCCGCUUUCAAGCGGCCGAGCUCGAUUCAAAGGAGCACGCUUACCUCAAGGACAAAAUGGAGCGCUUGAAAAAGGAGAAACAGGAUCUUGAAGCGCAAUUGCAGCGAGACGCAGCGCGCAUCACUGCCAAGCUUGACCAGGAGAAGGCUUUCCUGGAAGAGCAACACCGCACCUUGAAUCUCAACUCGGAAACGGGCCAUCUGGAUGGGUCUUCAAGCCUGUUGACCGAGCUGGCAGACGAAGUGCUGCGCCUGCGUGCGCUUUUGGUGGCGGCGGGCCGAGCUGAGAGCAUGCCUGCAGCUGCCCGGCUCGAGGAUGUGACGGCUUUGCAACAGGAGAACAAGAGCCUUCAGCGGAAAGUGCGCCAUCUUCAAUCCCAGGUGGAGAGCCUGACCCGCUCUCAAGGCGAGAUGGAACGGAGCUAUGAGAUUGAUGAUGAACGGCAGUUCAACUUGCAGCGCACAGAAUCGCCCCUUUUGGUUCCACCCUCGAGCAACAACUCGUUCUCGGGAGGUCAUCCUCUUGGCUUCCUCUCCAGCUCGCCCAGUACCCAUGGCCUGUCAUGCUUCGAUUCCCGUUUGCCACAGCGUGCCCAGGCUCGUGUCUCGCGUCCUCGCAGCGGCAGUGACGCCUCAAUCUUGUCAAAUUCCAGCUUUCGAAGCGGUAUCCUGACGCCGUCUGGUUUGGGGGGUCAUCACACGCCUCACAGCUCGGUGGAUUACAGCGCCAUGUCCAAGUUUGAUCACGCGUAA